AUGACAGUGUUGGGGUUCGGUCCCAGAGAUCGGUUGUGCCGGUACUUUCAGAAGCCGAAGCCAUUUUCAGAUUUUGUGGCGCUGUCAGGCAUCACUGCAAGAUGCAUCAGCCACCCCAGAAUUGUCCAUAUAUCAGACCCCACUCUCCUUCCACCCUUUCAAUUCUCAUUUUUCCUUCUCUUUACAUCAAUCUUUCUCUUUCUCCUUCUCUUUCUCAACAUGAACAACACCUCCACCCACGACUUCAUCCAUGACUUCAUGAACGUCGACUCCUUCUCUCAGCUCCCCUUUCUCCGCUCCUCUCCCUCCAAAGAUAAAGACAAGCCCAUUCGUCUCUUCGGCCAAGACUUUCCCAAAACCACCCACACACCCUCCCAUCACACCACCAUCACAAGAAACUCCGAACCCACCCGCAGAUUCGAGUGCCAUUACUGUUGCAGAAACUUUCCCACUUCUCAAGCCUUGGGUGGCCACCAAAACGCCCACAAACGAGAACGCCAACAUGCCAAACGACACCUCCACCCCGGCAUGCUUCACACCACCCUCUCCGAUCCUACCACCUACACUUUCACCAACCCGGUCCCUUAUUCAUCUCUCACACCUUGGGAUUCUCACGCCCCUCCCAGAAGCUUCUUCGGAAGCUCCUUCUCUCACCAGCUUCAACCCAUCAAUGGAUGCCCCUUGGGCAUGUGGCGAAUCCCCAACACCGCUGUAGCCACUCACACCACCCACCAGGGUAACCCUAUUUUGCACCGCGCGCCGCCUUUGCUUUCUGGUCAGGAAAUGGUGCGGGCGAGGAUGGCUCCCUCACCCUCUGGCUCGCAGAACGGUUUAGGUUAUGACCUCAAACCCAACCCCGGCGUGAGCGACCAUGUGAGUUUGGAUCUUCAUCUGUGA